AUGCUCGAACUGCCACAAACCUGGUCACAAGUAUACCAGUUGUACCACACCACUGAGAGCAGACCUACCACACCACUGAGAGCAGACCUGGCGAUAAGAAAAAACAAGCACAAGAGUAAUAGAAGAAUAUUUGAAGAAGGACCAAUCCAUGAUCAAGCUGAAGAAACACCACUUCAUGGUCAAGCCGAAGCAUCACCUGUUCAUGUUCAAGCUGAAGCAGCACCAGUUCAUGUUCAUGCUCAAGCUGAAGCAGAUACUUCAACUGGUGCAGCCAAAGGCAGAGGGGGAGGAAGAGCACAAGUAAAUGGAAGCGGAAGAGGCCGUGGAAAAGGCAGAGGCAGAGGACAAGCUGAAGCUGCAAUUCAAGAUCCUUUUCAUGCGCAUGCGAUCUUCGAAGCACAUGAUCCUUUUCAUGGGUUUGACAUACAAGAAGUUGCUUCACAACCAACUGCAGCUAAUACUAGAGAGAAGCUACCAGUAAUGAGGGGUUCAGGUUCAGCAGGGGGCAGAUUCAUGGAGUACUUCACUGCCAGUGGCAACCACUGAAGAAAAUCCUAUGUCGAAGGCUUCUUUUGUGAAUGAAAAGUUUACAUCUUUAUGAAAACUGACUUGUAAAUGUCAGGUUUAUGUAACUAAAAGCUCAGACUUGAAUGGAUGCUUAUGUUACAUUACAUAUUUUGGGGAUUUAGGCACAGUGA